AAAUUACAAUAUGAGUGGCUAGUCCUAGUGGAGGAGAAAUGAAUGAUUACGCAUAUUGUACAAACAGGGGCCGCGCGGGAAAGCAUUCGAGUUUUGCCUCUUUCUCAGGUCACAGACAGUGCCGGUGUUUGCCUUCAAGUUCAAACUUGAAAGCGCAGUCUCUUUGUGUGUGUGGAGUUUGGGUUUGGCAACUUCAAGUCCAAGUGCGCAAUGUCGAAGUUCGAGUACCCCAGGCUCUCUAGCGCAGACAUUGUAAAUAUACUCGCCGAGUCUCAGAUCAUCUCCAUUUCCGACCACGAUCUCCUCAACCCCAAACCCGAGUUCGUUUCCGACCUCUACGCUCGCAUCUUGAUCUACCUCGACUUCCUUCCCGAGGAAGACCAUGGGCAGGUAGAAUUUGCUGCUUUGGAGCAGUUUGAGAACCCAGAUCUUCACUUGGAUUCUGUGAGGACCAUGAAGUUGUAUAACAGGAUAAAGGAAGUGGUGGCCUCGGUAGACUGCCCUGUGAGAUUUACCCUCAGAGAUCUGAUUAAACCAGAUGCCAAUCGGACUGAAUAUUUUUUAAGCGCACUUCUCAAUUUCUGCCUCCACAAAGAGACAAAAAUGGCACUGCUAACACCAAUUGUUGAUCAACUGACCCUUCUUGAAGAGCAGCGCAAAGGCUGGGAAGAUAAGAUUUCUGAGUUGAAUACAGAGAUUGCAGGGUACAAUGAAGCAAGAGAAAGGGAGUUACCUCUUGUUCAAGAGGUAGAUUCCAAAGUUAAAGAAUUACGUCAAACCAUUGCAAGCCUCAACAAUCAACAGGCCUCGCUCAGAGUCACUCUGCGCAAGUUGAAAGAUAACUCUGUAGAAGUGGAUGAGAAGAUUUCUAGCGCUGAAUUUGUUUUGGUACAAAGUGUCCAAGAGAAUGCAAAUUUACGUUCAAAAAUUGUUCAAUCACCAGAUAGAUUGCAGAGAGCUUUAGAGGAAAAGAAAUCAGCUCGAGAGGAGGCAAAAAAUACAGAAAGAUUGGCAAUGCAAACUUUUCAGGAGAAGACUGCCGUCUUCGAGGUUUACACAAAGGUUUUCAAGAAAAUGGCGAAGCACUUCGGCCAAGUGCAGGCUAUACAAGAACAGGUAAAUUCUGUUAAGUCUGUUGAUAAAGACUUGAAGGUUUUAAAAGCUAAACUAAGUGAUGAGGGAGUGUCGGACAAGACACUUGAAGCUAAAAGGCUGGAGUGGCAGGGAAAAGUAAAUCAUUGGAAUGAGUUAAAAAGACAGUUAGACAAAGAAAAAGAUAUCAAGUGUGAGGAGGCUACUAGAGAAUUUAAUAAUGUGAAGCUGGAGGUGGAAUCCAGGAGGCGUGAACUGGAAGCAAUGCAAAAGAAUGUUGAAGCCAUGGUAGCAGAGGUGGAUGCUUUUACUUCAAAUACUGCAUCGGUGGAAGAAUCUGGAGCAGCUAAACAGGAUGAAUUGAUUCAUAAAUGUGAGGAGAUUAUCAGAGAGUUUCAUGAAUAUGCAAGUAGUAUCAUGGAUAAGCUGAAGCUGCCUGUGAUGGAUGGGGACCGAAAUGUUGAAUAAAGCCCAUAACUUAAUUAUGGUUGUAAUUAGUCAGAAAGUAAAAACACGACACACUGAAGGGUAUGCUCCAGCCUGCUUUUUGUACAUAAAUUAUGGUCUUCAUCUGUCUAAUUCUACUUCCUUAGCGCCAGACUCCUUGACUCUGGUACACCAGUUUAUGUUUGGUGUUAAUGUUUUCCAAAAUCCAUGAAUGUUUCGUUGGAUGGCUGUAACUUAUUUAAAUUCUUAAGGAGUUUGCUUUUUAAAUUUUGUUUUCUUGUGUAGUGCGUUCGGGAUUUGGGAUUACUUUUUAAUCCAUGCUUUCGUAAUAUUUUAUUUUAUCGUUGUCAUGUUAAAAGAACUGAUUCUUAAAAUCUGUAUAUUUGCUAAUUUGUACCGAGUAACACUGUAAAUUCAUUUAUGUGACAUAUCAGUCAAAUUACUUUUUUUU